CUGACGAACAUCAAUCUCAUUAUUUGCAUAGUGAUAAAGAAAAGGUAUUUAAAAAAGCAAAACAAUCGUAUACCCUCUCUAUAUAUAUAAAUGGGACACACGGAGACAUAAACGUAACGUUUCAGACCCACUCGUCUCCUUCCUUUAAUUAUCUCUCUCUAUCUCAUCUUGCAAUGGAGACACGACCAUCUUCUUCAUCGUCGUCUCUUUCACCGGCGACGAAUCUUGAUCUCGACAGACUCAAAGCUCUUAAACUCCUCGGAAAAGGCGCAACCGGAACAGUCUUCCUCGUCCACGACUCUGUUUCCGACUCCUCUGUUUCUUCACCAUUUGCACUUAAACUCGUCGACAAAUCCUCCUCCUCCUCUUCUCUCCGCCGUGCACGUUGGGAAAUCCAGAUCCUCCGACGUCUCUCCGAUGACACAAACACAAACCCAUUUCUCCCAAAACUCUUAGGCUCCUCAGAAUCCCCUGACUUCAUCGCAUGGGCUUUGCCUUACUGCUCCGGCGGCGAUUUAAACGUCCUCCGUCAACGUCAAAACGACGGCGUUUUCAGCUCAUCCGUCAUUAAAUUCUACUUAACUGAGAUCGUAUGUGCGCUUGACCACCUUCAUACCAUGGGCAUCGCUUACAGAGACUUGAAACCUGAGAACAUACUCCUUCAAGAAUCAGGUCACGUCACGUUAACCGACUUUGAUCUCUCUUGUAGUCUCGCUAAACCCACCCGACCCGAAUUCUAUCUAUCCGACCCGGAACCGGAUCCGAUUCAUAAGAGAAGUCUGAGUUUGUUCCGGCAGAAGAAGAAGAAGAAGACGAAAUCAGCUAGGGUUAACCCGAUAACACGCCGGAGACUGAGUUUUUCCGGCGGUGAAAGAUCGAAUUCGUUCGUCGGAACAGAUGAGUAUAUCUCCCCGGAGGUAAUCCGCGGCGACGGACACGACUUCGCCGUCGACUGGUGGGCGCUCGGAGUUUUAACGUACGAGAUGAUGUACGGUGAGACACCGUUCAAAGGAAGGUGCAAAAAGGAAACUUUUCGUAACGUGCUGAUGAAGGAACCCGAACUCGCCGGAAAACCGUCGGAUUUAACCGAUCUGAUACGUCGGUUGUUGGUUAAAGAUCCGGUGAAACGGUUAGGCUUCCGGCGAGGUGCGGCGGAGAUAAAGGAGCAUGCUUUUUUUAAAGGAGUGAGGUGGGAUUUGUUAACGGAGGUGUUGAGACCUCCGUUUAUUCCGUUGAGAGAUGACGGAGAAUUAACGGGGAAAGUAACGGCGGAAAGUGGGUUUGGUGUAAAGGAGUAUUUCGAGAAACUGAGAACGCCGCCGCCGUUACCGUUAACGCACGAGUGCUCUGAAAACAAUCCCUUUGUUGAUUUCUGAUCCACGCGUGCGAGAAUCUAACACACGUUUAAUACUUUUUUUUAAUAGUAGCAGUUUUCUGAUUUUGAUGUGUAUAAAAUAAUAAUUUGUUAGAACUAGAAUCAAGAAAAAAUAAAAAGUGAUGAUAUAUAAAAAAAAUUAUCCGUAAUAAAGAAAUCAAUAAUCCAAAUAACUUAACUUCAGGGGUAAGAGCAUGAUUACUGGGCGUGACUCGGUAGGUUUCUUAUAUAUUUGGGCCCCCAAAAAAUAUUAAAAACUCCAUAAAUGGGUCCAUUUUAAGAGUAUCGUUACCGUCGGAAGGAUUUCCAGAAACGCCUUAAGAACGAGGCGUGGCGUUACAUGAUUGGCUGGUAGGUAAAUAUAAAAUCGAUUUUUUUUUCUUCUCAUUUUUUUUUCUCUUUCCUCCCGACUCUCUCUCUCCCUUCUCUCUCGUUUCUGAAGGAGACAAAAACGGCGAUUGUUGAUGAAAUCGGAGAAAUCGGAUUCUCGUCGAAUCCUAUGAUUUUUCUCACUUAGAUCUUAUGGUUGGUUGUUUACCCGGAGGCGAUGGCAUCUAGAUCGGCGAAAUUGUUAGAUGCGACGGUUCGUUUGUCACGACAAACGACGGUGGAGGUUGCUAUAUGGUGGGACAAUGACGGCGGCUGUUUCUGGUGGUGCCCUGAAGCUAACGGCAAGGUCCAAAUCACAACUAAUCGAAGGGAGAAGGUUCGUUUCUCAUGUGUUUGUAAUUUGGCGAAAUCGUUAGAUGCGAUUGAUUGCAUGUGGUUGUAAUUAGGCUCGGGUGGUUGAUAAUUGGUAGAUUGGUUAAAUAUUUGUGUCGAUUUGACUUAUUAGGUGUAGAAUUUUAGGGUUUGUUUGAUGUUUGUGUCGAUUUGACUUAAUAGGUGUAGAUUAUGAGAUUAGUGUGGUUAAAUGUUUGUGUCGAUUUGUAUUGGUAGGUGUAGCAUAUGAGAUUAGUUUGUUGGAUUGCUUAAAUGUUUUGUUCUUAGUAAUCGAGUUGUUUUGUGCGAGUCUAGGGUUUGGUUAUAAGUUUUGUUCUUAAUAGCAUAUGUUAUUGUUUUGUGCGAGGUUUUCAUCAACUGGAUGUAGCGGUUCAAUGGUGACGUGAAGGGAAACAUGAAGUGGACACAACGGUUGUGUUUUCUCACUUGAAAAGGUUUUGCGACUUGUUGUUCUUGUAACUCGUUGUGACUUGUUGUCCUUUGUAACCCAUCAUCACGAGUUGUGACUUGUUGUCUUUUGUAACCCGUGAAUGGGUUUAGGUUUGGUUGUGUCUUUCGGAAGUCCUAUAUAUGACAAUGUUUUGUUCAACCUCAUUUGCUAUAUGUUCUUCUCAUUUGUA